AUGGUUGCUAAGGUAACUCAGGAUGCGAGAGGUAUCUGUCGCAUUCCUGUAAAGUGUUGUUUUGAGUUCCCCACCCUCGUUUCUGUACACCAGCACGUCGAGGAACGGCAACUGGCAGUCUUUUCCUUCAUCUGUCGUGAACUGGAUGUCGGGGAAGAUCGAGUUCAGAUUCUACUCUACUCAAGUGUAGCAGCGGCAAUUGCCGCCACUCUCGGGUUUCGAACCCAUGUCUCUCUGGUCAGAGGCGAACGCUCUUACCAUCGAGCCAUCAGGCUCGGCGUCUUGACGGUUGUUGAUCGGGACUAUGCAUUAAUAGAUAGGCGUACACCUAGCAGAAAGAGGGCACAGCAGCCCUGA